AUGUACCGUCCUUCGCUUGACCCCGCCGUCAAACGUCAGACAGACAUCCUCACACAACCUUCCGACACAGGGUCACUUUUCACGAUCAGAACGAGCCAGACGACGCCCAUCACCACCACCAUCACCAACAACAGCAACAGCAACAAAAGCAGUAGUGGCAGCAGUGGCAACAGCGGCAGAAGCAGCAACCCUGGUGAGCCUCACAAACGAUGGUGGAACAGGGACUAA